CGUAGUUGUAACUUUUUCGACGGUACCUGAAUGCAGCCUAGUAACCUUCGUCUUCGCUCUGGACACCUGACAAAUGGCGGUAGAUUUAAAUGUUUGCUGGUUGUUUACUUAAACUCUAACCAACAGUAAUGAACCAUAUCAAGCACAUAAAAGAGAUACUGAGCAUCCCAGCAGGAAGCAGUGGGGAGAAAACAAUGAAGAGGAAUAUGUCUACCAGUGGCUACUCCAGCUUCACCGACUCCCAGUUAUUAUUUGGCUCUCAGUUUUGGCUUGAAAAUUCUCAGAGCACGUCUCAGAGUCUGUCAUCCAGUUCACAAGAGGGGAGUGACCCAAAGUUUACCAACAGUUAUCACACGAAACCUCUACUGUUUGGAGAACUGAAGGGUAAAACCAGAGCUUUGGGAAUACUGGAGAAAUUUGAAGAAGACAGGAAAAGGGAAAAAGAACACAAUGAAAGCGAACUUUUAGCCAAGGAACGUCAGCAUACUCGAGAAAUUCUCAACAAUAUCCAACAACUCGUCACUGGUGCAGAGAAAAACACAGCUGUGUGCCAAACAGUCCUCGUAGCAUUGGAAAAAAAUCUGAGUGGUCUUCAGAGUGAUAUUUCUCAGCAUUUUAAGACUGUGGUAGAUCAAGUCAGCUCCCACAGUAAGGCGAUGGAAGAGCUGGAAGAAAGUGUGAAAAAGAGCGCUGACGCGACUGCAGAACUUGGUUCAAAUCUGCAGUGCUUAAAGAGUAGUCUGGAGAGUGUGAAAGAGGAGCAGGAAAGAGAGAGCAAGAUGCUUGAACAGGCCUUGAAUAAGCUCAGCAGCCUCGUCUCUGAGCAUGCAGCCAAAAUCAGUUCUCAGACGGUGAUGGACAGCACCACCCAGUCGUCACCAGGACUGGAACAGUCGCUCCUCAGUGUCCUUCAGAGCAACCAGCUUGGAGGUACUCGGCUCACUCACACUCUGUCCAGUGUUGAAAAGAAACUAGUGAAUGUUCCCCCUCAAAAGCCCGUCCUCAGUAUUAAAAAAAGGAAACUAAGUCUCUGGGGCCAUAGGAAGCGCAAAAAGAGAGCACUGGUGCUCCCACAGAGGAGUAAACGCACAGUCUUGGAUGAGAACAGUCCGUCAGUGCUGAACAGUAACAAAGAGCAGAAUGUUUCAUCACCCUUCAUUGAGUGCUGUAAUGAGAACACAGUAACUCCCCGGCAAAGUCUUAACGUAGACCACCAGUCCGUAGUCUGCAGCGAGAAGUCCAGUAAAAGUGCUAGGUGUCUCAUCAACCCAUUCAGCUGCUGGUCUCAGGACAACGACAGCCCUGUGAGUCUGGAUGGAGUCGAGAGAAUCUUAGAGAAUCUGUCAGGUGAGAGGACGGGGGCCCCAGUGAAGCCACAAGGCUUCUGGCAGUUGUUUGACAUGGACUGUGAUUACACAGUUUAGUGCUUUUUUUGGAAUACAGGGUAAUUAAUGCCACACUGUUUAUUAUCUAUUAUCUUAUUUAUUUAUUAUAUUAUUAUCGUGCCUAUGUUCUGUUAUUGGUGGAUUCAGUUUUCUGAAGAAUGAACUGAAAUAUUUAUUUAUUUUUUAAUUCACUUAUUUAUUACUGAGUAUAAUUCUCUUCAUAUAGUUACUGAUAGUGAGAACUAUCUGCAUAAACCAUAUAAUUUCAGAGAUAUUUUGUUAUUGAAAAGAAAUGUUAUAUAUUAGUAAUAGUGAGCAUAAUUCAACCUUUACAGAUGUACAUUUAAUGUAACAAUAAGUAGAAUAGAAUCUGUGUUCAUGCCACAACAUCCAUGCUCCAUAAUAUUGUGGAGGUGUAUGUGUAUUUGCAGUUUGCAAGCAAUACCUCAAGAAAAGGAAGUUAUGGAUUAAUUUGAUUUAAUAUAAACACACACUCUCUGUCAAUGUGACUUUACUGACAUUCAUUCUGUAAAAACUUCAAAUCCUCUGUGUUUUGGUUUAAUUUGUAUGGAAAAAGGGUCAUAAUUCUGUUUAAUGUUGAUGGAAAUCCUUCCCUAUUGUUGCUAAUAAAACAGUUUGAGCUACAAAA